AUGUUUUUCAUCCGUCACGUCAAUACCUGGGACACUGACUCGUUCAAAUAUGAUGGAUGGACGCAUCGGGAUUUGGCCCUGCGGUACUUCGGUCACGACUACCUGGAGAGCGUCGCAUCUCAAUGUUACUCUCUACUGUGGCUUGCCGCGCACGAGGAUCCUGGAGACCCUAUAUUGGCUCAAUGCAUCUCCGAUACACCAGGUCCUGCCGCGAAGCGCCUGUGCGGCUCUUGGGUGGCUAUAUCCGAGAUGCUCGGAUUUCAUAGCGCCGAACGUGUACAUGUGCUGGAGUAUAUCGAAGCUGUUGGCACGUACGACGUCACCCAGGGGAAUUUUCAUUUUCCUCCGGGACACGAUCUAGUGGUCCGCAUCUCUGAUGCCCUGUGCACGCUUAAUGGCACCCAAAUACGCAUAGUGUUUGAACUACUUCUGUCUGGCCUUGGAGUAUACGCAGGGACACCCCUUGUAGGCUUCCUUGGGGUUUUUGUUUCUGGAUUUACGCAUAGCAAUAUGGUCAACCUCCAGCACAGCACAUUACUCAUGAUGUCACUUCUCGCUAAACAACAUGUCGAGGUUCGUGCCUCGUACCGCAAGUUCCUCCUCCAAACUCUUGCGGACAUGGAACGUGUCCAACUAGUGCAAUGGACGGGUUAUAUGAAGACAUGCGCUGUGAUCAUUGCAUGUAAUCGGGAGGUGCACGGUUUAUGCGGCGUGACAAUCAAUGAAAUGAGUGACUGCCUCGAUUUUGCAUGCGCCUACUACAGGGGCGACGGAUUUCGGUCGGAUGAGCGGCGACGAUGCAUCUUCUGGACGGUGGUGGAGGUCGUCAUCUUUGUCCGUAUCGAAGACGAGGAGGGCCAAUAUGAGGAAGAUAUCAUGCAACGCUGGUCCUUAGCCUUGGACAGGUUCGCGGAUGUGUUGAUCAACGUACUCUCGAUCUUGAGCGGAGAGAAUAGCGAACAACGCGUUGCUGGAAGUGACAUUGGGAUCAACUGGGAUUUAUUCCUGUGGGGCGUUGCGGUACAUCGCUGGGGAAAUCCUAAACGAUCCGACGAUAUCUCAAAAUGCGUUCUGAACGCUCGUCGCCGAGGCUUCUUCUCAGAGGCCACGGAUCUUGCAUUCAUCAACCUUGGAAUCGAAUGGGGUGCACGAUGGGAUGACGUCUACGAGCACUUCGGAUUCCCGCCUAUACCUCGAAGCGGAGAAGGUGCCAGUCCUCCAUCGAACCCGCGUCCCUCUUCAAUGAACGUCCAGCCAACCACGAACCUGGUUGCAUCAGCAUCGGAGCUUGACACGGCGCCCACCGCCACAAAGGGCUUGGGCUCUAUACACAUUCAUGUAAUUAUGCACACUGUGGUCGAAGCGGUGUGUUGGCUCAUAGAGCGGACGGGAACCGUGUAG